GUCCUGGGGUCAUUGUGAAAGUUGUUACACAUUAUGUUUCGUGCAUCUCUCGCAGUGAUUACACGGCUUUACCUAUGCGUACGACUAGACUUUUAGAUUAUCCCCAUUUUUGCUUUUCUAGGAAAUAAUGAAUAUUUUAUUCAAAGGACAUGGUCGAGUAGGCAUGCCAAAAGUUCCCUUUCUCGAAACGGAUUCUGUUGGUAAAUCACUGACCCGUACCAAAUUUUAGCCUUCUAACUCCAUUUUUCUCGACGUUAUCGCCAAAGACGUGAUUUUCAGUUUUUUCACGAUAACUCCGCUGUUUCUGCUCAGAAAAUUCGGGAAAAAAUCACAGGUCCAACAGACGUAUGUGCAUAUAUUGAAGAUUUUUUUCAGAUUUUUCGGUAGCAGCCUUGAUCUCAUACAAAUUUUUUUUUUUGCUCUAUCAACAUCUGCUUGCGUGUGAUUUUCUGUAAUUGUUUCAGAUUUUUACAAGUGCUGCGUCAUUGUGAAGAAAAUUCAAAAACUGAUAAUUUUCACUAUUUUAUGGGCAUGACUUCAAGAUAAGCGCGUAGCCGGAUAAACCAGUGAAAAAUGUUCUUUCACCAAACGAUUCGCGAACUACAUUUCGUUCCGAACGGGAAACAUCUUCGGAAGCGUACCAGAGACUCAAUAUCGAACGAAUGCGGCGGCAGCAUCCAGCUAACAUCCGAAAAGAAGACCGGAGUACCGGAGCUGAUUCUAUCGGAGUGUGACACCAUGCCCUCCAAACUGGAAUCUUUUAUGAAUGCUUCGGGAACUGUAAAGACGAGCGCAGCAUUACUGAGCAUGUCAAAAGCCAUUCAUAUAUACAAAGAUGUAGAUAAAAGAUCAAUUCUGUUCCAUGCACUACUGGCCAAGAUCUACGACACGUACUGUAGACUUUGGUAUCGUCUCAAGGAAGAGUGAUGCGUAACUGGGCUCUCAUGCUUUGGGAUCAACGGGUUGCAACGGGUUUUAAGCCUUAACUUGAGAAGGUCAAGGAAUUUACAUUCAUGAGGUGAAGGUCUACAGAGCGUUCCCGAAACUCCAUCGGAAAAGUUUCAUCAGCUGCAUAACG